AUGGCUCAUCGACCCGCUCUUCGCCGGGAGCGCGAUAAUGUGGAUUACUCGGCUGUUGGAAAGCUCGGACGGCGCACCGGUGUCACUCUCGACCAUCGACCUCUCGAUGUGAACGGAAUGGAAGAGAUUUCCGGGAUCUUCUCGUCUCCGCGCAAGCCGUCUCCCCUGAAGACCAUGAUAGAGAUGGAAAAUGUGGAAGAAUUGAGUGCGUCGCCUAAGUCAGUGGAGAUGUCUGGUAUCGACAGUCCCGGAAUUACUCCUUCCCAAGCACUUUCAUCUCGACGGUCGGCCCGUGGAGCGUCCCUCCCUCCAAGAUCAUCUUCGCCGAGGAAGAGUGGGAUCAGUGGAACAGCUAGGAAAAGUAACGGCAUGGAUAUCUUUUCCGUAAGAAAAGGCCCCCAGUACGAGGACCUCGAAGAUCGCGAGAAUACCCCGAUACUUACUCCAAGUCGAACCAUACGCCCGAAAAGAUGCAGCCUAAACCCUGAAAAGUCUCCCUUGAGAGAUAUUACCACCAAUAUGGCGUAUGCGAAUGGCAAAUCCAGACCAAGUUUAUUGGAGAUCGAGCAGGCUACAAGUGAUAUUGGGGCCUCAAUUGGGGAUGACGAUAUUUUGGACUCGUACAAGGAAAUUAUGGGAGAGGUGGAAGCUAUUGCUCAGGAACGGAGUGACUUCGUGCCCGCAGUUGAUGACGACAAUGAGGCAAUGUCGAACCACGAAAUACAGAGUACAUCCGAGGGCCUGAGAGCCCCGCCACCGGAAUUCGAUGAUGAACAGACGUUUGAGCCGGAGCCAUCAGAACCCCCAGUCCCACGAAACCAGGCCAACUCAAGAAAGAAGAGGAAAUCCGAUGUGGUCGAAAAUGAUUGGAAGGUUGUGCCGCCUCCCAUACCAAGCAAAAUUAGCAAAACAAACGAACGCCAAUUCAAUGUACAGAGUACCAAUCAGCCAGAGUGUUCGAACUCCAGUACCCAUUCGUCAAAGUUGAAAGGAAAGCAGCCAUUGAGAGACAAGGAUACCAAUAUGAAAUUAUCCUCUCGCCAGGAGAAGGAGCUGAACAAUAUUAUUGAGAAAGUGAAGGCGAGGCCGGGCCCACCACGAUCAUUAUAUAUCCUUCGCCGAGAAACUCCCGCAAACGAUGGAAUGAUGCUUACCAGAAGUGGCCGAAUUAGUGUGAAGCCCUUGGCGUACUGGAGGAAUGAACGAUGCGUUUAUGGAGGAAGUCCUAGCGAUACAAGCUUGCAAGAUGGUGCCCGAUUCCCCCUCAACAGCAUCAAGGAGAUAAUACGAACGGAAGAAAUUGACGCUAGCAUACGGACAAAGAAACCUAAGGGAAAGAAAAAGAUCGGCCAAGAGAAGAGCACGACGCGGGGUUCCCUAGUGGAUGAUUCCGGCUCGCCGAAUUCAGAUUCAUCGGAUUCAGAUCUCGAGAUGAGUGAUGCUCCAAGAGUAGAUCCAUAUGCGGAACCCUGGGAGAUAGAAAGCGGAACACUACGGGGCAACGUCUCAAUAUGGGAUCAACAAGAACAGGUACCGAUGGAGCAAGAGGAAGAAGUGGAAAUUGCACACGCGCCGGGAGCGAUCAAGAUACGCAACGUGAAAGGGUCGAGUCUCGAAGAUGGUCCUUCAUUCAGAUACGCCAAAUUACUCAGCACCAAAUUUUUCGGUACGGGCCUCGUGGAUUUGCCUCCUGGAGGGGUGAAACGACCCAAGAACAGCCGCAAAAUGCAUAUGAGUUUCUUCGUGGUGAAAGGUCGGGUCACGGUAACAGUAGGUCCCCCGGGCGGCGAGGAAACGGGCAGCAUGACUCGGUUCAGCAUUGGGAAGGGGGGAUUUUGGCAAGUUCCUCGAGGUAAGUGA